AAUUAGGAUUCUCACUACUUGAUUUAGGGUUUAGGAAAUGGGGUUCUUUGUACUUGAUCGUCUCUCUCCCCUUCAUGAGCAAAAAAGCCGGGGCUUUUUUCUCUGUUAUUCCCAUUUUUUUCCUCUUUAGCUUGCCCCAAAAAUUCUCUGAUUAAUUAAGAAUUGUGAAAAGAUGUUGGAUUUAAAUCUUUUCAGAGAAGACAAGGGCAAUAAUCCAGAGAGAAUCCGUGAGUCUCAGAGGCGCAGAUAUGCAAAGGUCGAGGUAGUGGACGAGAUUAUUCAUCUUGACAAGGAAUGGAGACAACGGCAAUUCGAGCUGGAUAACUUGCGUAAGGAGUUCAAUAAAAUCAACAAGGAAGUAUCUCUGUUGAAAAGAACAAACAAAGAUGCUUCUGAGUUGAUAAAAAGUACGGAGGAAAACAAGCAGUUGACUGCAAAGAAAGAAGCCGAAGUUCAGGAAGCAAAGGAUGCAUUGUACUCGAGACUUGAAACAGUGGGAAAUCUUGUUCAUGAUUCGGUUCCAAUCAGUAAUGAUGAGGAGAACAAUGCCAUUGUUCGAACUUGGGGAGAUAAAAGAAUGGAAGGGAAUUUGAAGAAUCAUGUUGAGCUUGUUCAACUUCUUGGAAUAGCAGAUCUAGCAAAAGGAGCUGAUGUAGCUGGAGGGAGAGGCUAUUACCUAAAGGGUGCUGGUGUCCUCUUGAAUCAGGCUCUGAUAAACUUUGGUCUCGCGUUUCUAAUUAACCGUAACUAUGAAGCGCUGCAGACUCCAUUCUUUAUGAGGAAGGACAUCAUGGCAAAAUGUGCCCAACUUGCACAAUUUGAUGAAGAACUUUACAAGGUAACAGGUGAGGGAGACGACAAGUAUUUGAUUGCUACUGCAGAACAACCGCUGUGUGCAUAUCAUCUUGGUGAAUGGAUUCAUCCUUCACAACUACCCAUAAGGUUUGCAGGAUACUCGACUUGCUUUCGUAAAGAAGCAGGUUCUCAUGGUCGAGAUACUUUGGGUAUCUUUAGGGUCCAUCAAUUUGAGAAGGUGGAGCAGUUCUGCAUCACCAGGCCUAAUGGGAACGACUCUUGGGAUAUGCAUGAGGAAAUGCUAAAGAAUUCAGAGGAUUUCUACAAGGAGCUGAAGAUUCCGUAUCAAGUGGUGUCUAUUGUUUCGGGUGCAUUGAAUGAUGCAGCUGCCAAAAAGUAUGAUUUGGAAGGAUGGUUUCCAGCUUCUAAGACCUACAGAGAGCUCGUGUCUUGUUCAAAUUGUACUGAUUACCAGUCGAGGGCGUUGGAAAUCCGCUAUGGCCAGAAAAAGAGUAACGAACAAGUGAAACAAUAUGUUCAUCUGUUGAACUCUACCCUCACAGCAACGGAAAGGACCGUGUGCUGUAUCCUUGAGAAUUAUCAGAAGGAAGAUGGUGUGGAGAUCCCAGAAGCGUUACGUCCGUUCAUGGGUGGUAUCAGCUUUCUUCCUUUUCAAAACAAACUAACCACUGAGGCAAAGGGCAAGAAGUCAAAGCCCAAGGUCUCUCUCUCUUUCUCUGACACAAAGCCCAAGGUGAAUCCUGAUAGGGAUGGAGCAAGCAAAAAUGGCGACAUUCCGGAAAUGAAUGAUCUCAAAGUUACGAAAUGAAGAAAUUCCCUUCUCUAUUAUGUAAGUUAAGGAACAUUUCUAUCAUUCCCGAUAAAGAGAAAUUAAACAUUUUUGUAAGUGAAACACGUUAUUCUUGCCUCUGCUUUCUUUUUCAAUGGCUUCAAAUUAGUCAUGCUUAGCAUUCCAUCCUUUCUUGCCAUGAGCUGAGAAGACGCAUUAAGUGCAACUAGUUGGACUCUUGUGAGCAGCUGGAUGGUCAAUUUUUGAAAGUGACGCUUUUAUUUUGCAUCACAAAAAUAUGUUAUGUUAACCCAAAGGGAAAUCAGGGCCCUUUUAUGGUUUUAACUUUUUGAAAGCUUAGAUGAAUUUCUCCUUU